AUGUCCCAUAAUUGCCUCUCUGGAAAUUUCUCCUUCCACUCCCUUGGGGGCCACUUUUGCUACCCAGUCUCCUUCCACCCCAGCAACCUGGUCUACAGCACUGACCUCUGCUCUCCCAGCACCUGCCAGCUGGUCUCCUCUCUCUACAGUCAGGAGACCUGUUAUGAGCCUAUCAGGUGCCAGAUGUCCCUUGUGGUGUCCAGUCCCUGCCAGACGUCCUGCUACUGCCCCAGGACCUCCAGUCUCUGCAGUCCCUGCUGGACAACUUAUGCUGGGUGUCUGGGCUUUAGCUCCAGCAGCUGUAGUUACCUGAGCUCUGGAUUCAGAAGCUGCUACUCACUGGGCUAUGGAUUCCGUGGCCUCAAACUCCGGGGUUAUGGAGUCUGUGGCUUCCCUUCCCUGGGCUGUGGAUCCGGAUUCUUCCGUCCAACAAACUUUGCCUCUAGUAGCUGCCAAUCAUCGUGUUAG